UCAGGCGCCGGCUGAGGCGACGCGGCGUUUCCUCUUCAUCCCUCCUCUCAGCUCGCCCCGCCCCUCUUCUCAGACGCCGGUUGAUGACGCCUUUGGGCGGCGCCGGCGGCCGCGGCGGCUCCUGAGGGAAGGAGGCGGCGGCGGCGGCGGCGCUGGGAGCCGAAGCGAGAGGCUUCCCCUUCCCCUCUCUCCCCCUCCCCCUCUCCUCCUCCCUGCGUCCCCCCGCGCUCGGCCUCGCUGCAGGAUACGGCACAUUGGAACCAUGAAGGAAACUGUUCAAGACAAGAAGUAUUGGGGGACAUCCCCUGCACUCCAUGACCCCAUGGGGCACCAGGACAAGCUGUGCCGGUCUUCUCAGGAAUGGGGCGAGCCAGAGUGCAAGCACGGCGGCUGUCUCGAGGGAACCCGGCACCUGGCUUACACUAAAGAGCAGCCUUCGGGCUUCGACCCUCUGUCCUCCAGCAGUGGUGAAGAUGAGGAAGAUGAGGGGAAGUGGGAUCUCCCUUGCAUGUCCAGUUGGGGAGUGGCAGGGGGCAGGUCUGAUCCAACGCGGAACAAAGCCAACAGGGGGAAGGUGGCCAGGAGCGGGGGGCGAGCUUGGCACUUUGAGGUCGGGGCCAGUUCUAAUCCCAGAGGGCGCCCACAGCUGCUGGGGACCUCCAGGCGGCGCUGUUUCCGCCGUCGCCGUGCCCUGCGGGCCUUCCGCAUGCUUCUGUAUUCCAAGAGUUCUUCCCUGUCCUUUCAUUGGAAGUUGUGGGGCAAGAUGGCCUCCAAGGGGCGCCGGCGGGGAUCAGCAAAGCGAGCCCGAUCGUCCCUCUCUCUUUCCCCCGGCUCUCAGCCCGAUGAUGAUCACCUUCCCCUCUACAAGAAAAGCUGCCCCCUUGGGGAGGAGGACUGUCAGGGUGAGGCCAAGCGGAGGCCCCACCCCACCCAUUUCAAGCCCCGCCCCUCUGAUCCCCUGGACUAUGAAUUGGAUGGGGCCUUCCCCCACUCCUCCUCCUUGCCUCAGACCUCCCGUCUCAGUUUGCUGGGGGCCCUGAUGGAUGAUGACACUUCCCCCUACCCUCAGUAUGUGGAGCUAGAGAGGGUCAGCUUUGACAGAGACCCUGGCGCGAUGGAGAUGGAUGAGGAAGCUGCUGCCAUGCUGAAGUACCCUGCGGGGGUUGGCCAGGCCUCCCCCAGGUCUAGGCGGAUCGGAGAGGCCGAGCACAGCCUGGACGGGGAUGGAGGCCCCCUGGAUGCUCUUCCCAACGGCUUUGCCUCCCUCACUCCUGACGGCGAUCUCCGCUCCCUCCCCGGAGUCACGGACGCCACCAUCCUCAUCAGCAAUGUCCGUAGCAUUGGAGGCCACGCGGCUGAGGAGCUUUUCCACGGCUCCCGAGACAAGGACAGGCCUCUGGAUCCUUCCGGAUUCCAACUUGAAGCAGGGAGCCAGCAGGUGGAGUUGCCCACUGAGGGCAGCCAGGAGAGGCCUGGAGAGAAAGUGGCACAACACAGCCCACUGAGGGAAGAACACAUUACCUUUGUGCACAAUAUCUUGGAUGAAUUCCUGCAGAUGUACGGCAGCCUCAUUCCCAUCAGCACAGAUGAGGUGGUGGAAAAGCUGGAGGACAUCUUCCAGGAGGAAUUUUCAACCCCUCAGAGGAAAAGCUUGGUGCACCAGCUGAUCCAGUCUUACCAGCGCCUGCCUGGCAACGCCAUGGUCCGGGCUUUCCGGGUCACCUACAAGCGCCAUGUUGUCACCAUGGAUGACCUGCAGACGCUCUAUGGGCCUAAUUGGCUCAAUGACCAGGUAAUGAACAUGUACGGGGACCUCGUCAUGGACACAGUGCCAGACAAGGUCCAUUUCUUCAAUAGUUUUUUCUAUGAUAAGCUACGAACCAAGGGGUACGAGGGAGUCAAACGCUGGACCAAAAAUGUGGACAUCUUUAACAAGGAGCUUCUUCUCAUCCCGAUUCACCUGGAGGUUCACUGGUCUCUGAUCUGUGUGGAAGUGAAGAAGAAGAAAAUCACAUACCUGGACUCCCAACGCACGCUAAACCGGCGGUGCCCCAAGCACAUCUGCAGAUACCUUGAGGCUGAAGCAGACAAAAAGAACCGUCCAGACUUCAGAGAUGGGUGGAAAGGGGUUUUCCAGAUGAACAUUGCCAGACAAAACAACGACAGUGACUGUGGCGCUUUCGUUCUGCAGUAUUCCAAGUUCCUGGCUCUGGGCCUCCCCUUCACGUUCACACAGCAAGACAUGCCGAAACUCCGCCGACAGAUGUACAAGGAGCUGUGUCAUUGCAAGCUCAGCGCGUGACGGCCUGUGCACGCUCCAGACCCCCACACACACCCCACACAUUACAGACACAGGUACACACUGCUGCGGACAGACACGGAUCCACCAGUUCCCCUUCCCAUGGCUGGGAGCAAUCUCUCCAAGUGACGGUUCCGAUGCUCUCCGAGUCGGGGUGUGCAGAAGGGGACUCUUAGGUCACUGGAACACGGAGGUUUGACAAGCAGGACUCCUUCGGGGGCAAGGGUGUGUUUUUCUAUCCAAGUUACCCCCUCCUUUUCCCCUUUUCCCGGUCUGUUUUGGUUUUUUUAUAUAUUUAAGUCCAACACAGAGUGGCAUUUCUCUAGGUUGGUUUUGUGGGGAGGGUGGGAUUGGGGGAGGUCAUAUACAGAUCAUCCACUCCCAAACGGGGGGGAUGGAGCCCUAAAAUGGGGGGAGGAAGGAAUCUGUAGAGGCCCCCCUACUUCUCCCCUUACUUUAUUGCCCUGUUGGCUACUUGUGUUAGUGAAUAAUGUAUGUUUUUCCCCAGGGAGGGGGGUGUUGGAAAAGGGAGGGGGCUGUGAGGGUUGGGGGGGACAAGUUUAUACACUGGGGCUGAGAUAAUGGAAACAAGCAUUUUUUAUACAAUGGCUACCAUUGUGGGUAAUAAAAAGCAUUCUUUGGA